AUGGACCAGACCUACCUGGAGAUUGCUUCUGAGGAUCCCGUCCACAUGGACACAGAAGAAUCUGCACAAAAUGCUCAGGAGGCCACGAAGUCGGAGGUAAAGCCAAAGAUGAGGCGUCAGCUGCGCCGUCACAUCUGCAGCCGGCAUGGCCUGUCCCAUCGCAGCAGCUACAAGAGCUUCGCCAUUUACUUCCCCAAGGUCCUCAAGAAAGUCCAUUCGGGCCUGAGCUUGUCAAGAGAGGCUGUGAGUAUCCUGGACUCCUUCAUAGAGGAUAUCUUCGAGCGCCUUGUGCAGGAGGCCAUGCAUUUGGCCCGAGUGCACAGCUGUGUCACCCUGACCGAAAGGGAGUUCCAGGCCGCUGUUCGGAUGCUGCUGCCACAGGCGCUGGCUAAGCACGCUGAGAUGGAGGGCACCGGGGCCCUUGUCUUGUACAACUCACACCACUGA